UGAGUUGCUAGCAGAGUUUGGGGAACGAACAACCACUACAGGGACCACAAGUGAAAAAAGAGAAAAUCGGUGGUAUUAAUUCUGAGAGAACGAACAAAAGUUUCAGUCAAAUUUAGACUGGAAACUACCCACCGCAGAUAGCUAAUUGGUUAGCCAGUUGGCAGCGACGCAUUUCAGUUAGCGACAUUUUUUUUGUUAGAUUAGCUUUCAAGAUGAAAGAUGUUGCAGGGUACCUCAACCAACAACAGAGCAUCAGUUCAACCCCCGAAAUGGCGGCUGAAUGGCACUCACUGGAGGACCUGUAUAAUAAAAAGUUGUGGCACCAGUUGACCCUAAAAUUGACCGACUUUGUGAAAGAACCCUGUUUUAGCACGGGUGAUGGCCUCAUUCAGCUCCAUGAGAACUUCUUGAGUGACUUUGAACACAGAAUCAAUCCACUCUCCUUGAUGGAAAUAAUUCUGUAUGUUGUUAGACCAAUAUCAGAUCCCAAAGACGCCAUAACAUUCCUUGAGAAGACAAGAGAAAAGGUGAAGAGCAAUGAUGAGGCAGUUAUUCUCUGCAAGACCUCCAUCGGAAGCCUUAAACUAGAAAUCAAUGAUCUUCCUGCCACAAAGAAACUUGUUGAGGAGGUGGAGGAGACGCUGAAUAAUUUGGCAGGUGUUACUUCAGUUCAUGGGCGCUUCUAUGAUUUAUCCAGCAAAUACUAUCGCUUCGUUGGGAACCACGCCCUCUACUACAGAGAUGCUUUACGAUACUUGGGUUGUGUGGAUAUUAAAGACAUUCCAGAGACAGAGAAACAAGAGAGGGCAUUCACCCUUGGCCUUGCGGGACUUUUAGGAGAAGGUGUUUACAACUUUGGAGAACUUCUCAUGCACCCUGUACUGGAGACUCUGAGAAAGACAGACAAGCAGUGGCUGAUCGACACUCUCUAUGCCUUCAAUGGAGGCAAUGUCGAGAAGUUCCAGGCACUGAAAUCCUCAUGGGGCCAACAGCCUGACCUUGCAGCCCAUGAAGCCAAGCUGAUGCAGAAAAUCCAACUGCUUUGUGUGAUGGAGAUGACCUUUACCCGUCCAGCCAAUAAUCGGCAGCUCACCUUUCAGGAGAUCGCCCAGAGUGCUAAACUCCCAGUCAAUGAAGUUGAAUUGCUGGUGAUGAAAGCUUUAUCCGUUGGACUGAUUAAAGGCAAUAUAGAUGAGGUAGACCAAAAAGUUCAGAUGACGUGGGUCCAGCCAAGAGUCCUUGAUCUGAAUCAGAUAAAGGGCAUGCACGAGCGUCUGGAGAGCUGGUGUGGAGACGUGAAGAACAUGGCGGUGUUGGUGGAGCAUCAGGCUCACGACAUUCUCACAUAGAGAUCCGUCACUACAAACAUGGGUUGACAUUCCUUGCACUUGUAUUACAUGUGUUACAACAGUGUGCAGGAGGAAAUGGCAUUCAUUCCAGAUUAAUACAUUGCCAGUUCUUGCUCUUGUCUGUGAACGGUCCAUUUAACAUGUUUGUGCAUGCAGUGUUCAAUGUUGCCAAUGACUUGAAAGAUGAAACCUAAAACCUCAAAUAAAAGUUACGUGAACUAGA